AUGGCUGAAGAACGAUUAAAAAAGCAAUUAUUUGAUGGAAUAAGAAAUAACGAUCUAUAUAGUAUUCAAAAGGCGUUAAAUAAUGGAGCUAAGAUUGAUAUGACCUUAUCACAUUCUGAUAAGAAAGCUGCAGACUAUGCGAUUGAGCUGGGCAAGGAAGAUGCGGUCAUGUUGCUAAUUGCAAAUGGAGCGAAACCAGACAUGAAUAAGUAUCAACAAAUGCUGCAUUAUUUUCUCGAUAAGUUGGCUAUCAACCGUUUAAAAGACAUAAAAGAAGCGUUAACAGCGAUUGCGAAUUAUGUAAAACAGAAAGUCUUUCGGGUAGUGUUCUAUGAAUCGUGUCUACAAGAUAAUUUAUUAGAUAAACUAUUUAACAUACUGACUUUAUACACUGAUUCCUGUGGGGCUGAUAUUUUCUCUGUAUUGGCGUAUGCUACUAAAGAUACAGAUAUUUGCGCAUUUAUUCGUCCGUUAAAGUAUUUUGAUAAAAUUUUUUUCUAUGCUACCUGUAAAGAUUUCGCUAAAGAAAUGCGAAUUCCGGCAAUCUUAGCUAUCGUAAACUUGAGCAUAGAUGAAGAAACCGAGAUUAAACUAGUUAAUGGUAACAUUGUUGAAAUAUUAACACUGUUACUGACAGAAUCGCAUACAGUACCAUUUUUUACAUCUGUAAGUGAACAAAAUGAGAGCAUUCUAAGAGCUUUAUGUGAUUUAUCUGUCGGUGAAAUUGCUCUGAAGCAUUUUGAAGAGGCCGGUAUUGUUAACCUUUUGCUUAAUACUCUGCAAUCAGAACAAAGUUCUAUUAAAGUUAAGGAAUCCGCUGUUAAAAUUUUAUGGAAUUAUCUAUUUCAUGACUCCGUUAAACUGCAAGUACAGCGAACGACUGUUAUUAACAUCUUGCAACAAGUCGAAGAGAAAUUCGCAGAUUAUGUUGUUUCAGGUUGUUUGGAGGGAGCUUUAUGGUUAUUGGGUGCGCCUGUUGAUAUAGAGCCUUACAUUCCGUUGACGAUAUUGGCUAAAAACUUGGAAAGUGGCGCAAGUGAUGGUCUAAUUAGUCAUAGCUCACAAUUUCAGAUAUGGAUUAGUUAUCAUCAAAAUGAUCUUGCAAUAGCAAUAAAAAUCCGCUCAUAUUUGAAAUAUGCUGGAUUCCGAGCAUUUAUUGAUAUUGAUCGAAAUACUAAUGUUAAAAAUGAAUUUAACCUAAAAUCCAUUGCUAAAAAUAUAGAUGAAUCCAAUAUUGUUGUUGUAUGUCUCUCACACAAAUACAAGCAAUCUCCAUAUUGUCACAGCCAGGCUCAUUUUGCCGUUCAGAAAAAGAAGAAAGUUAUUCCAAUAUUAUUGCAAGCUAAUUAUAAUUUACAUGGGUGGCUUGGUGAUCUAUUCGGUUCUAUACCAAUAUUGGAUUUCAGUGACGGGAAUGAUAUCGAUAAUAACAUGAAAAGCUUAAAACAAGAAGUGAUUCGGAGUAGCGGCGAUCGCGAUCAAUUGUAUAAGAAUUACGCAGUCAGUAAUAGUUCCAGCUUAAAUAGAUGGGACUCUGAUAGCUCAUUACCCCGUGAAUACAGUGAGUCUGUGAUCACUAAUGAUGUUAGUGAACGGUCAACCUUCAUGCUGACACCAAGCUCGUCGCUUUCUACAGUCACUGCAGUGGAUGACGUCCGGUUGAACUAUACAAAUAAACUUUCGAAAUUAGGAUCUGUUUAUCCUAAUGAUCGAUCAUUUAGAGUAUCAUCGGCGACAUCUAGUGCCCGUAAUUACAUAGAUUGGAAUGUUGAAAAUGUAGGUCUUUGGUUAAAUUCAAUCGGACUAGGCUCGUAUCGAGAAAUGUUUAGAAAUCAACAAGUAUGCGGAAGUUCUCUUGAACAAUUAUUGCGAAUAAGUCUAGAUCCUAUCCACAUCGAAUACUUACAUAGACUCUUGGAAAGUAAAUUAGGAAUAGUAAAAUUUGGUGAUGUUUUAAAAUUUAUUACAGAAUUGCAAAAGUUAUCAAGCCGAUGA